UUCGACCCGACGCGGCAAACCUCCUUCAUCCUCUAUGCAGACGGCCAGACGCAGGUCCCGUUCAACACGGCCAUGAUCACCCUCGUCUACACCAAUGCCACCUCGCUAUCCAUCCUCUACGGCACACAGAUCGGCGCCUGCAUCGUCAUGCUCGCCGUGGUGCUCGCCAUGACGCCCAGAGCGCGGUUCAAGCGCACGCCCACCCUCAUCAGCGUCGCGGCUCUGACGCUGAACCUGAUACGCAUGCUCCUCCUUGCCCUAUUCUUCACCUCCACCUGGGUGAACUUCUACACCGUCGUCUCGGGCGAUGCCAGCCCCAUCCCCCGCGCCGAUUACAACACGAGCGCGGCCACCACCGCCCUCAGUGUCCCCGUCACCAUCCUUAUCCUGGCGGCGCUGGUGGUGCAGGCGUGGUCCAUGAUGCGGCUGUGGCCGGCCAAGUACCGGGUGCCGACCACGGCCAUGUCGCUGGCGCUGGUGCUGACGACGGUGGGGUUCAACUUUGCGACAACCAUCUUCCAGACCCAGGCCACCCUCUACGCCGACAUGUCGUACCUGAAGAACUGGGUGCGCCAGGCCUACCUCGGGCUGAUCACCGCGUCCAUCUGCUGGUUCUGCUUCCUGUUCAACAUCCGGCUGGUCAUGCACAUGUGGGUCAACCGCAGCGUGCUGCCGUCUCUGCAGGGGCUGAAAGCCAUGGACGUGCUGGUCAUCACCAAUGGCAUCUUGAUGUUCGUUCCCGUGGUCUUCUCCGCGCUGGAAUUCGUGCAAUUCUCCCGCUUCGAAGCCGCCUCGCUCACCCAGACCUCGGUGAUCAUCGUGCUCCCUCUGGGAACGCUCGUCGCCCAGCGCCUCGCCAACCCGGCCGCGUUCGGCACCGGC